AGCAGUUCUCUACAAGUAGUGAACGGUAAAACAAGAGCCAUCGGUAUUUGCGUUUCAUAGAAAAUCUAGUUAAAACCUGGUAGUAAAUGCUUGCAGGUUGCUGAUGUGCAUUGUACAAGUACUUGUUAUUAAAAUAAGGAAUAAUCGCUACACUGGAAACAACAACCUUAACACUGCUCGGAAUCAAGAAUGACCACACAUGUUAGCGUCUGCGAAAAAUUCAGUAUUGUUGCAUUAUUCAUUAUUGUUGUGCAACUAUCUGGAAAUUAUGGCACCAAUCGUUAUUAUUUCGCAUAUCUGCCUUAUGGGAGUGGUGACAACAUAAUUACUACCUGGCGUUACGAGGGCGGUUCAUUGUCCCUUCACCGGAAAUGGAAUGUGGAGUGUCUGGAUGGCGAAGCAGUAGUCGGAAUUCAGGAUUUUGUCGAUGAUUUUCAGAAAAUAUAUGCCAUUUGGUGUCGGUUCAUGUUCCCUUACAAACCGCCGUCGGAAGGGAAAUAUCCUUACUACCCCAGUUGUAUAUACCGGGAUUACCGUUUCCAGUUCUUCUGCUUCGAUCGGCAAAAUAUCUCACUGACCAUUAACACAUUCAUGACAGCAAUUUGGGAUAACGAAUAUCAGUUUUGGGUCGGGCGGAUCGGCUCAACAGUGAGCAUCAACAAUGAUUUCCAGCAACCGUACAAAUGCUGCAAAACACCGAAAGGUUACUACAUUGACUACGUUUCCUGCUACUAUGUUCCGACACACGACCCCAAUUGGGAGUAUUACGAUAGUCAAUCCAACUUUAUUGUGUCUUGCGGAACCGAUUAUGUUAUGACGGGAAUCGCCAAAAAGAUCAGCCCUGUCGGAUUGGAUUGGCAAAUUGACUGGGUUCAGUGUUGUCGCUUGGGAUACGGAGCCGCAACGGCGGUGUCACCACCGAUAAUCACCCUCCCGGAUGGUCGCAGUACAUUCUAUGCCGCUAGCCACAGUACUCCUAUUCCGAAACCGGUCUCCUAUGCAUCUAAUCAGCUACUUUCCCGCUCGACACACGAAACCAGCAGUAUAAAUAUUACCCAACUGCCGGGUAGAAAAGUGGAUGAUAUUGGCAGUAUGCGGUACAAGAGACGGAGUGGGAUACCGAUGGAGCUGCGAGAUCAUGGGCACCUCGGCGAUCACUUGGAGAAUGACGGAAGAAAUAUCGUUUUGCGACAAGAAAUACGGUAUUUGUCGUAGCGCAAUGGCUUACUGGAGAGUUCGUAAUAACACUUUGCUAACUGUAAGUGCUAAAAGCACGGUAUGCCGUCUAAUAAAUAAAAAUGUAUAGCAAAAAAACUGAAAAAGUUGAUAUUUUUGUUUGUUAUUGCUACAAGGAUAAAAAUGCUAAUAAACAU